AUGGGAGAAGGUUUGAGGAGGAAUGCAGGAAUGGCAAAAAGCGGAGGAUUAUAUGUGAGGUUACUGGCAGUGAGUGUCUUCUUGGGAUCUGACCUGAACUGUCUCGGCCUGAGACCUCAAGCUGGGGUCAGUGUUCAGUCCAAUGAGAGAAGAGUAUUGGCACAUAUCCCCGGUGAUGUCAUCAUAGGAGCGCUGUUUUCUGUCCACCACCAACCUCCUGCAGACAAGGUCCAUGAACGAAAGUGUGGUGAAGUACGUGAGCAGUAUGGGAUCCAGAGAGUGGAGGCCAUGAUGCAUACUCUGGACCGGAUCAAUGCAGAUCUUAGUAUCCUCCCUAAUAUCACCCUUGGCUGUGAGAUCAGGGACUCGUGUUGGCACUCAGCAGUGGCACUGGAGCAGAGCAUUGAAUUCAUCCGGGACACACUGGUAUCCAAUGAGGAAGAAGAAAGCCAGGGCAGGUGCACUGGAGAGGGGGGGAACAUGCUUGUGCAGGGGAAGAAGCCAAUUGUGGGGUUGAUCGGCCCAGGGUCCAGCUCUGUGGCCAUCCAGGUCCAAAAUCUCCUCCAGCUCUUCAACAUCCCACAAAUUGCCUACUCAGCAACUAGCAUGGAUCUCAGUGACAAGAGCUUGUAUAAAUACUUCAUGAGGGUGGUGCCAUCAGAUGCCCAGCAGGCAAGAGCCAUGGUGGACAUUGUCAAGAGAUACAACUGGAGCUAUGUGUCUGCAAUACACACAGAGGGUAAUUAUGGUGAGAGUGGUAUGGAGGCGUUUAAAGACAUGGCAGCGAAGGAAGGCAUCUGCAUCGCCCACUCUGACAAGAUUUACAGCAACGCCGGGGCACACAGCUUUGACAAGCUUUUGGAGAAGCUGCGAGGCCACCUGCCCAAAGCCAGGGUGGUGGCCUGCUUCUGUGAGGGCAUGACAGUCCGCGGCAUACUGAUGGCCAUGAGACGACGACGCCUGGUAGGAGAAUUUUUGCUGGUUGGGAGUGAUGGCUGGGCAGACAGGUAUGAUGUGACUGAUGGCUACCAGCAGGAGGCAGCUGGGGGGAUCACUAUAAAACUGAAGUCAGGCUAUGUGAAGUGGUUCGAUGACUAUUACCUAAAUCUGAAGCCUGAUGCCAACGUAAGGAAUCCCUGGUUCGCUGAGUUCUGGCAGCACCGCUUCCAGUGCAGGUUGAAGGGACACCCACAGGACAACAGCAAGUACAACCGCACCUGCACCUUGAAAGAGUCUCUGCGCCAUCAGUAUGCCCAAGACACCAAGAUGGGUUUUGUCAUAAAUGCCAUAUAUUCCAUGGCUUAUGGUCUGCAUGCCAUGCAGCAAGCUCUCUGCCCAGGGUAUAAGGGUCUGUGUGAUGCUAUGCGGCCCAUUGAUGGUCGCAAGCUGCUAGAGUUUCUGAUGAAAACCAAUUUCACUGGUGUAUCUGGAGAGACCAUCCACUUUGACCAGAACGGAGACUCACCUGGCAGGUAUGAAAUUAUGAACUUCAAGCGUAUUGGUGAGGAUGAUUAUAGUUACAUCCAUGUUGGAAGCUGGGACCAGGGUGGCCUCAGGAUGGACGAUGAAGAGAUCUGGAUGAACGAUAGUGAAAUUAUCCAGUCAGUCUGCUCUGAGCCCUGCCAGAAGGCACAGAUCAAGGUAAUCCGUAAAGGCGAGGUGAGCUGCUGUUGGACCUGUACUCCCUGUAAGGAGAAUGAGUAUGUGUUUGAUGAGUACACUUGUCGAGCUUGUGUCCUGGGCUCGUGGCCUACAGAUGACCUCACAGGUUGUGAACCUAUCCCGGUGGAGUACGUGCGCUGGGGGGAUCCAGAGCCCAUCGCUGCAGUAGUCUUUGCCUGUCUGGGCCUCCUGGCAACACUUUUUGUUACUUCUAUUUUCAUAAAAUUUUGGGACACUCCUGUGGUCAAAUCAUCUAGUCGUGAGCUGUGUUAUAUCAUCCUGGCUGGCAUCUGUCUGGGCUACCUGUGUACCUUCAGCCUCAUCGCCAAGCCCCACGUUGUGUACUGCUACCUCCAGAGGCUCGGGAUAGGCCUUUCCCCGGCCAUGAGCUACUCUGCUCUGGUCACCAAGACCAAUCGUAUAGCACGGAUCCUGGCAGGCAGCAAGAAGAAGAUCUGCACCAAGAAGCCACGUUUCAUGUCCGCCUGCGCACAAUUGGUCAUCGCCUUCCUACUCAUACUGCUGCAAUUGGGGAUUAUUGUGGCACUCCUAAUCAUAGAGCCACCACAGGUGAUCUAUGACUAUCCCAGUAUCCGUGAGGUAAACUUGAUCUGUAACCUGACCACUCUGGGGGUGGUGGCACCCCUGGGCUACAAUGGCCUGCUAAUCCUCAGCUGCACCUUCUACGCCUUCAAGACUCGUAAUGUCCCUGCCAACUUUAACGAGGCCAAAUAUAUCGCCUUCACAAUGUACACCACCUGUAUCAUCUGGCUGGCCUUUGUUCCUAUUUAUUUUGGCUCCAACUACAAGAUCAUAACCAUGUGUUUCAGUGUCAGCCUCAGUGCUACUGUGGCACUCUGCUGUAUGUUCGUACCAAAGGUAUACAUCAUGCUAGCCAAGCCAGAGAAAAAUGUGCGCAGUGCUUUCACGACGUCCACAGUGGUGCGCAUGCAUGUAGGCGAUGCCAAGAAGGCUGCUAAGGCUGCCAAAUCCUCCAGCAGCAUGGCCAAUCUUUUUAGGCGCCGUGGCUCUGGGCAGGAAAACAUCAGUUCAAAUGGGAAAUCAGUGACAUGGGCACAGAAUGAGCGCAGCUACAGACCCAACCUGUGGAAGAGGAUCUCCAUCCACGUCAAGAAGAAGGAGGAGGUAGAGGUCAACCAGACAGCCAUCAUCAAGCCAUUCUCUAAGGGAGCUGACACAUCUCUGGACACUGAUGUCAAACCGGAGUAUGAUGAAGAGCCACAGGUGUCUGAGCCCUACACGACUGGCUCCUACCCGCCCUGUUCCCCCUCUCAGUCACCCCUGCUCACCGUCAGCCAGCAGGCAGAGAAGGCAAGAGGUUUACCGGGGAAAGAAGAUGGAGAGGAGACACAGGCUCUAUCCACCUACACACCUGAGCUCUCUCAGCAUGUAGGGUGUGCUGGUGUGAGCAGAAGGGGCACUGACAACGGUCGAGGAGUGACUGUAAGCAUGGCUAAUGCUGAGGAUAUUAGUGGGAUAGGUGUUGGCGACAUUGGUAGCCAGCCUCAGGGCACCAUCAUGGACCAAAUCAGCUCUGUGGUCAGCCGUUUUACCGCCAACAUCAGUGAGCUCAACACUAUGAUGCUGCCAGGCGGCGCCACCACCGGUACCUCCGGUCUGCCCCCGGGCUCAGAUAAUAGCUCCUGCACAGCUCAGUACCUAACGCCCCGGGGUAGGCAGGCCCCCUCCACUGUCACCACAUAUGCUGAGGUUUCAGUUGUCUCCAAUUAUUGUGAAAAUCGACAGUUAGGAGGGAUUUAUGAUCAUGGGGCCUGUGUGAGCAGCAGGAGACCCAAGGAUAUGGAAGAGCUGAUUGCUCUGACACCUCCCUCGCCCUUUAGAGACUCGUCUCUGGAUUCCAACAGCAACUCACCCCCGUCCAUGUCCCCGGGCUCUGAAGCUGAAUACGAUCUUCUGCUGAGACAGUACAGCCAGAGCUCCUCCUCUCUCUAAACUCAACCUCUCUACAUGUGUGCUUUUUGUCCCUGCUUAACUCUCUUUUUUGACUGCUUUUUAUAACUCUGAAAUGACAAAACUUCAAACAGGACCAAACUAUUCAAUGCCUUUGUUCACAUGGAUAUUAUGAAUCAUAAAGUAGUUUGUUUUUGUUUUUUGUAUUCUCAUUUUGAGAUGAGGUUGACUCAGUUACAGUGGAUAGUUGAGUACUCCCACAUAUGCUUCCAUUGAGACAGACUGAAUGCUGAAACAGCCUGAGGAUUGCUGCUGUUUUGUCUUUUGUCGCCGAGUAAGGAAGAAGUCUCUGACUUGACAAACUGAAACACAAAAACGGGCAUUUUGAAAACUUUUUAAAACUGUACUGACACAGGU